AUGGAGGGAAACUCAAACACCACUUCAAACAAUGAGACAUCAUUGACAAGGGAUGGUAGUAGCGUUUUUGAUAAAAUUUUCCUUACUGUCACUGUUUCUCUUAUUAUAAUCAUAAUCUUCGCCGCGAUCUGUGGAAACCUGCUUGUCUGCCUCGCUAUUUCAUUCAAUCAACGCCUUCGCAAAGUGACCAACUACUUCAUAGUUUCUCUGGCGAUCUCUGAUCUCAUGACAGCUUGCUUUUCAAUGCCAUUUGAUGUGCAAGCUCUCAUACACCCAUUCGGGUGGAAUAAUGGUGAGUUCACGUGCAAUUUCUGGGCCUUCAUGUACCUGAUAGCAGCCCCAACUUCCAUACUGAACCUAAUGGCGGUCAGCAUCGACAGAUAUCGAGCUAUCAGCGCCCCACUGCAGUACUACGACAAGAUGAGACCAAAAAGAGCCUUGACUUUCAUAGCAAUAAUCUGGCUUUAUUCUUUCGUCUUUACAACAGUUGGAAUGGUGGGGUGGCCUUUCUAUGAUCACAGCGUGAUAAAUGGCAUGUGUUUCUUCAACAUACAUCCUUAUUUUUCCGUGACAAGUUCUGCGGUAAAUUUUAUUUUCCCAACAGUUGUGAUGUGUGUGAUCUAUUUCAAGAUCUACCUGAUUGCCAAUGCGCAUGCCCAUCGUUUGGCAAACGAAGUCCCUGAACCAGUGCCGUCUUGUGUGUCCAACGAGGAUUCUGCAAACAUGACCAACGAAAAGAAAAGGACCAAGCGAAACAUCAAGGCUGCGAAGACCAUCGCCAUUUUAGUGUCAACAUUUCUUGUAUGCUGGAUGCCAAUAACUUUAUUGUCUACUGUUGGUUCCCUCUGUAGAGAGUGUAUCAUGGUCGGCAAUGUGGCAGUCUUCCAGGCACUUCUAGUGCUGGCCUACCUCAACUCAGCGCUCAAUCCCAUCUUGUACUCAUUUUUCAAUCGGGAAUUCCGGGAAUCCUUUAUAAAGAUAUUUAAACUACGGUGGCAUCAGAGCAAUAAUAAUUUAACCCCUUAA